UAUCAAAAGAGUAGCAACAAUGACGGCAAUUGGCGGAUUAACAAAAUUUUUUCGCUUCUCGCGAAGUGCACACGUGUUACUGCGGCGUUCUAACACUUUAAAUUCCAACACAAAAAGUAACAUUUUAAUAACAGUAAAUUGCGAUAAAAGACAGUUUACAACAGCAACAAAACAAUUUCAGAAUAAGAAAGACAUUUUGUUAAAAGAAGUAAAUAAAAUGUCUAGCUAUACAACAGUCGAGAAAGGAGCACCGGAUUCCACCAACUACAGCAUUUACUUUCAAAAUGAAGAGGGACACGCAAUUUCGCCUUUACAUGACAUACCACUCUAUGCCAAUGAAGAAAAAACUAUUUACAAUAUGGUUGUAGAGAUACCACGGUGGACAAACGCAAAAAUGGAGAUUAGUUUAAAGAAUCCAUUGAACCCCAUCAAACAAGAUAUCAAAAAGGGUAAACUUCGUUAUGUGGCAAAUUGCUUCCCACAUAAGGGUUACAUUUGGAACUAUGGUGCAUUCCCACAAACAUGGGAAAAUCCUGAUCAUAUUGAAUUGUCUACCGGCUGCAAAGGUGAUAAUGAUCCAAUUGAUGUUUUAGAAAUUGGUUAUCGUGUUGCCCAACGUGGAGAAGUCGUACAGGUUAAAAUACUUGGCACUGUUGCACUUAUUGAUGAAGGCGAAACUGAUUGGAAGAUUAUAGCUAUCGACAUUAGAGAUCCAUUAGCUGAAAAAUUAAAUGAUAUAUGUGAUAUAUAUAAGCAUUGUCCAGGCUUGUUGCGUGCAACAGUCGAAUGGUUCAAGAUUUAUAAAAUUCCUGAUGGUAAACCAGAAAAUCAAUUUGCUUUCAAUGGUGACCCAAAAGAUGCGCAAUUCGCCAUUAAAGUAGUUUCUGAGACUCAUAACUUCUGGAAAGGAUUAGUGGAUCAAUCUUUGAAUGCUGGCAGUAUUUCAUGUGCUACUACAACUGUUAAAAAUUCACCAUAUCUCAUUAAUCAAGAGGAUGCUGACAAAAUACUAGCUGAAGCACCAGAAGGUGGUGAUGUACAAGACGUUAGUGAUACAGUUGAUAAAUGGCAUUUCAUUCAUUUAGGAUGAACAUCCACCAACAUUUACCACAUUAACCAUGAAUAAAAUUAAAUUAUGAUUUGUGUAUCGAUCUGUUAGAAUCUUAAUGCCGUUUCAAGUGCUUAUAAUCCAAUCCCUACUAAAUGCACUACAAUUAUUCCAAAGCACUAGAAACAGUGAUUUUAAAUAAAAAUGUAAAAAAUUGUAUAAAUUCGA